GAAAAUAUAUUAUGGUAAUUUAUUACAGGCACCGGAGCCUAAAAAUCCUUGGAAAGGAGUUCGCAAUGCCAAAGAACAUGCCUCUAAUUGCUUUCACUAUGAACUCUUCACCAACAACACAGAACCGACCGUCGGGAGCGAGGACUGCUUGUAUCUCAACGUUUACACUCCAAACAUAGUUCCCGUUAACCCUUUGCCAGUCAUGGUGUGGAUACAUGGCGGUGGAUUCAUCAGUGGCAGCGGCGACGAUAACGCUUACGGUCCUGAAUAUCUUAUUAGAAAAGGCGUGAUCCUCGUUACUCUAAACUACAGGCUGGAGAUCUUAGGUUUCCUUUCCCUAGACACCGAAGACAUCCCUGGAAAUGCCGGCAUGAAGGACCAAGUGGCUGCUCUGAGAUGGGUUAAAAGGAAUAUAAGAAAGUUCGGAGGUGACCCUGACAACAUCACUAUAUUUGGGGAGAGCGCUGGAGGGGCGAGCGUUUCUUUCCACGUAGUGUCGCCGAUGACCAAAGGUCUUUUUAAAAGAGCCAUCAUGCAAAGUGGAACAGUGACGGGUUGGUUGCCGCGUACGUUUAGACCCAGAGAAAAAGCCAUAAGAUUGGCCCAAGAUUUAGGAUUUUAUUCCAAUGACCUCAAAGAGAUCUAUAAAUUCUUUAUAAACCAACCAGUUGAAAAUCUGUACGGCAAAGAAGUUAGAUUAUCGUAUGCCGCCUCGAGUAAGGAAUCUCCUAACUUUAUGAAUUUGUUUGCUAUAGUAUCGGAAACUCAGUUCGGUGACAACGAAAGAUACUACUAUGGAGAUGCCUAUGAUCUCGUUCGCAAUGAUAUGCACGAAGGCGUACAAAUCAUCAAUGGGUAUACGGAAGAUGAAGGUAUAAUAUACUUCUCCGCCGGAGUCGACGUCGAAAGACUCUUCGAUCAAGCAAACAAAUUCGUGGAGCUAUUCGUCCCUCUCCCUUUCACAAGAGAGACUCCGCUAACUGCACAAAUGGAAAUUGGGAGAAGAUUCAGAGAGUUUUAUUUGAAAAAUGAUACAGCAUCUAAAGAUAAUUUGGACGAUUUGUUAAGGUAUUUUAAUAUGGAACUUUUUUCAUUUUCGGCGGUAUCCAUGCAGAAACUGGUCGCUAAGAGAGUCGGUGACAGGAGUUACUUGUACAAGUUUACGUGUAAAUCUGAACUAAACAUGUUUUCGUCUGCAACGGGGUUGGACGGACUCUUCAACUACAGGCCAGUGACGGCUCACGCCGAUGACCUCGGCUACCUGUUUCCAUCGUCGACAACAAUUGACAUGAAGUCGAAUGCCUUCAAAAUGAUUGAUCAACUCACGACAUUGUGGACGAAUUUCGCAAAAUAUGGAGAUCCCACUCCUGAUGACAGCUUGGGUGCAAAAUGGUUGCCCUUCACUUCAACAAAUCAAGAGUAUUUGGACAUUGGAGAGAUACUUGUUCCGAAAACAUUUCCGGACAAAGAAGAAAUUGAUUUCUGGGAAAGCGUUUUUCAAGAAUAUCUACCACAAUAUGCAGGCGCUUCCUGGAGUUGUCCUGCCAGAAGUCAACCUGGUGAUGGUCAUUUAGUUGUAAUGGAUGUAUUCAAUUGGGCUCUAUUUUUCUUAUCGAAAAUAUUCGCAAUCCACGUGUCAGUGAAUGAGGGUAUCCUAGAGGGAGAUGUGGUGAGGAGUGCCUACGGGAGCCCGUACUUCAGCUUUAAGGGCAUCCCUUACGCUGAACCGCCCGUCGGAGAUUUAAGAUUCAAGGCUCCACUUCCAAAAACCCCAUGGCAGGGAGUUCGCAGUGCAAAACAACACGCUCCCAAAUGUUACCAAUAUGAGCUGUUCACAAACGAGACUCUGCCACCCGUCGGAAGCGAAGACUGCUUGUAUCUUAACAUCUACACUCCCCACAUCGCUCCAAUCAAAUCUUUGCCGGUUAUGGUGUGGAUCCAUGGAGGGGGAUUCGUCAGCGGCAGUGGGAACGUCGACGAACAGAACCCGGAAUUCCUCAUGAGAAAAGGAGUCAUCUUAGUCACCCUAAACUACAGAUUAGAAGUUUUAGGUUUCCUUUCCCUCGACACUGAGGAAAUUCCCGGCAACGCCGGCAUGAAGGACCAAGUUGCUGCCCUGAGAUGGAUUAAACAGAACAUAAGAAAGUUCGGAGGAGACCCUGACAACAUCACCAUAUUCGGGGAAAGCGCUGGAGGAGCGAGUGUUUCUUUCCAUUUGGUUUCACCGAUGAGCAGAGGCUUAUUCCAAAGGGCUAUCACACAGAGCGGUGCUCUGACAUGUUGGUGGCCGAUUACAUUCAGAGCGCGGGACAGAGGAGUAGCUCUGGCGAAGGAACUAGGAUGUUAUUCUACAGACGACAGAGAGACCGCUGCGUGCCUUAGAGCCCAACCGUAUGAAAAUCUUAUUUCAAAACGAAUCAAAGUUACUUACGCUCAAUGGGCCAAAGAAUCUCCCAACGUAUACUUCGGUAUCGUCUCGGAAAAUCAAUUCGGUGAUAACGAAAGAUUCUUCUUCGGGCAUCCGUACGACGUGUUACGUGACGGCAUACACGAGGGCGUGCAAGUCAUGAACGGCUAUACUGAAGACGAAGGAGUCAUGUAUUUUACGACUGGUGUCGAUGCUGAUUCUAUUUUCGAUCAAGCCAACAAGUUUACAGAAUUCUUUGUUCCAGAACCUCAUAUAACGAACACCUCUUUAGUGACCCAAAUGGAAAUAGGAGAAAAAUUUAGAGAAUUCUAUUUGGGAGAGAGAGUUGCGUCAAAGGAGACACUAGACUACAUGGUGAAAUAUUUUAAUAUGGAAAUGUUUGUGUACGGAGCGAUGGCUCUCCAAAAAAUAAUUGCCAAAACGAGUGACCAAAACCAUUACUUGUACAAGUUUACUUGUAAAUCUGAAUUGAACAUCUUCACGCAAUUGACGGGAAUCGACUACUUGUUCGACUACAGGCCAGUGGUGGCUCAUUCCGAUGAUCUUCCGUAUCUCUUCCCCUACACGGCUGACAUAGAUACCAAGUCAAAAACAUUCAAAAUGGUCGAACAAGUCACGACACUGUGGACUAAUUUUGCUAAAUAUGGCGACCCGACGCCCGACGCGUCUCUGGGCGCUCGCUGGGCGCCGUACACUCUGCAGCAGCAGCAGUACCUGGACAUCGGCGAGCAGCUGCUGCCCGGCGCCUUCCCCGACCAGGAUCAGGUCCUCUUCUGGGAGGACAACUUCAGAGAACACCUCCCUAAAUUAGUGCCUUAA